AUGCACAGUCCUUGGUUGCUGCUAGCCCUGGCAGCAACCCUGACCCUGACCGGUGUUCCCGGAGGCCAAGCUCAGCCCGAAGCGGCCCAGCAGGAGGCGGGGAUGGCCACCGAGGACCCGGGCCUGGACGACUUUUUGCACCAGACAGAGCGCCUCCUCCACCUGCUCCUCCGGGAAGACUUCCAACGGCUUCCAGGGGACCAGGGCGAGCACUCAGAGUCCCAGAUCUUUCAACCCGACUGGCUCUCCAAGCAUCAGCAUCCAGGCAGAAGGGAGGAGGAGGCAGAAGAGGGAGUUGAAGAGGAGGAAGAAGGGGGGGCUGUGGGACCCCACAAACGGCAGCACCCUGGCCGACGGGAGGAUGGGGUCAAAGGGUCAGUCUCUGUAACCCAGCACAAGCGGCAGCACCCUGGCCGGCGCUCCCCCUGGCUUGGGUACACUGUCACCAAGAGGCAGCACCCAGGCAGACGGCUGGUGGACCCCAAGGCCCAAAGGAGCUGGGAAGAAGAGGAUCAGGAGAGAGAGGGAGAGCUGCUGGUGCCUGAGAAACGCCAGCAUCCUGGCAAGAGGGCCCUGGGAGGUCUGUGUGGGCCCCGAGGAGCCUGUGGUCAAGCUGACCUCCUGCUGGGGCUCCUUGAUGACCUAAGCAGGAGCCAUGGAGCUGAGGAAAAGCGGCAGCACCCUGGGCGGCGGUCAUCCUGGGCCCUGGGGCCCCUGGAGGAGUGAGCCCAGUUUCCUAUAAAGUCAAGUUUGGGAUCUAAGAAUGUCUUGAGCCCUGUGUCCUACCCCAUCGUAACCCCUGCUUUUCCCCCUCCUUAGAUCCCUGACAGUAAACCUGAGCCCCCUGUACAAACAUGCAUUCAAGCCCCUGGCCUUGCCCUCUUCCUUUAGGGACACGAGAAAGCCAGCCUAAAAGUUAAGAACCCUAUUUACCCCACUUUGCUCCACAGGCAAGGGGGCAGAUCCCAGAGUCCCUCACUCCCUGACUCCCACAGGCCUGCGCCCCUUCCUUAUCCCUGGCUGAGAUGAUCCUUCUAUGUCUUCUAAGGCAGGGUGCUUCUGGGGAGGGCAGCCAAUGAGGGUGAGUGGAAUUGAAGCUUUGACGUCCAAAUCCAUCUUCCAUCCCUUGCUCCUUGUGGCAGGAUUUGCCACGUGUAAAUUUCAACCCCCAGGUCCCAGGAUCUCCUCUGCUUCUUGGGCGUCCUUUUGAGGGUGGGCAGAGCUCUGACCCACAGUUGUGUUCUGCUGCAGGAAGCAUAUGUAGGUUGGAGAAACCGUGUAGUGCUGUGCUGUGGACAGCUGUGGAAAUAAAUGUGUAGGAAUAUUUAAACAUCUCCCUGGAAGUCCUGGCUUGUAUAUAACCCUCUUGGCACCUUCCCCUUGUCGAUGAUAGUCAUCCUAAUGAUAAUAAAACAUGUGUCUGAAUAAUCACA